AUGGACCUUGCUGUUUCCCAGUCGGUGGGCGGAGGCUCCAGGGCUGUUGGGCUGUCGUGCGCCCGGUUUGGGCUCUCCCCAGACCAGCGCCCCUAUCAGGUGGGCGGGCACUGGUGCCAUGGGGCCAAGGAGAUGUCAUGGCACAGUUGGGAGUUCGCUUUUAAAAAGGAAAGGAACUCCACCUCUGCAAGACCGGACCGGAAGUGCCUGCGCACCGCGGCGAAAUGCUCCGCUGAGCACCUGGGCCCCACCCGCAGACAUGUUCCUGCGCGUCUGACGUCUCAGCUGCUUCGGGUCGCGCCCCGGGCAGGCCUCCGUGGUCUCUGGCCCGUCUCAGGGGUGCCGGGCAGCCAUGCCUGCAGGUCCCGCUACAGCACGCAACCAGCAGGCCCGAGUAGGGUUGCCGUCCUCCCGGGGAAGGGGGUCCAGCUGGAGCUCGAGGAGAUGCUGGUCCCCAGGAAGAUGUCCAUCAGUCCCCUGGAGAGCUGGCUGACCGCCCACUACCUCCUGCCCAGACUGGAUGCUGGGGUCCCAGGGACUGUGUCGCCGGCCCAGGCCUAUGAGUGUCCGCCUGGCCAGGUGGGGGGAGGAGCCGAGCAGGGGCGUGAGGAGGUGCAGGAUGCACCCCAGAUUCAGUGCAAAAACGUGCUGAAGAUCCGCCGGCGGAAGAUGAACCAUCAUAAGUACCGCAAGCUGGUCAAGAGGACCCGGUUUCUGCGGCGGAGGGUCCGGGAAGGACGCCUGAAACGGAAGCAGGUGAGGUUCGAGAAGGACCUGAAGCGCAUCUGGCUGAAGGCGGGCCUGAAGGAAGCCCCUCCCGGCUGGCAGACCCCCAAGAUCUACCUCAGGGGCAAGUGAGGGCGGGCGCCCCUGCCCCGGCGCUGCUGCUGUUUUCUUGUAAUAAACGUUGACGAGCUCCGCUGCUCCUGCUGCCUGGA